AUGAUCAUCGACCCGGUGACAAUGGCAGAGAAAUCUCUCAACCCUUUCCCGCAGCAGGAGUACUUUGGCCAGCCCUCGCCGUCGGGCGGCGACCCGUACGCCUCGCCAGCGACGAGCGUCUACGCGGACGGGCCCCCCGCAUACGAACACAUUGCCCAUGGCGCGAGUCCAAGCAACGGGCAAUGGCAAGGCGGCCCGCGUCCAGCCGACUAUCACUACGGAGGGCCAUCGUCCCGGCAUUUACAUCCCGGAUACCCGCCAGCCCAGAAUACGAAUUCCCGCUCCCCCUCGCGCACUCCCUCGCCCCACCCGCCUAGGCCUGCCCCCCACGACAGACGCGCCCCGUCCCCUUCCUCCCCCGGCUUCUCGCUCUCCUCCAUAACCAAGCUCUUCGCGGGGCCGUCCAACCCGCUCGACCCCCCGCCGCCCUGCUUCAGCCGCCCGCUCCCGCGCGCCGUCGUCUACGAGCCGUUCCCGGUGAUGGCCACCUUCGGGCUGGGCAGGGAGAUCGGCGACGGGUUCACGCAGCUCCCGCCGCCGAGCGCGGUGCAGCCGCACCCGUUCGCGACGCAUGACGUCCAGGAGGCCGACUGGCUCCGGUUCCUGGGCGACGUGAAGAAGGCCGGAGAGCUCACGACGGGCGAGAACAUCACGUCCGCGGUCCUUCCCAUGACUAUGCAUCUGGGGCUCACAGGCAUGCUCGUGUCGCGCGCCAUCAAGAACGGGCAGAUACGGCGAAAACAGGAACCCACGGGCAAACUCAUCGACGUCUGGAACCACUACUUCUUCCACCCGCGCCGGAUGGAGGUCGUCCUCGCCAAGGGCGACAUGCGCAUCUCGGGGAACACCGAGACGGCGGUCCCGUCGCCGGACGCGCACCGGGGACACGUCAGCUCGGACGAUUCGUCCAGCUCGUCGGACGAGGACCCAAGCACGCGCUCUGGUAGGCGCGGGGACAAGAAGGAGCGCCGCGCGCGGCGGCGCGAGCGGAAGGAGCGCAAGAAGCACGAGCGCGACGAGGAGCGCGCGGCGAGGCGGGCGAAGAAGAGGCAGCGCAAGGCGAAUAAGAAGGAGGUGUACAGGUUGAUCGUGGUGCCGGUUUGAUAGUGAAUCUCGGGACAGUUAGGGUCCUGCGCUGGACUGUACACUGAGCAUUCUCCAGUGGACCAUUGGCGCGAGUCAUGCAGAAUAUGAUCCUGGACGGGUCUCGCGUUGAUUAGUGGCCACUCACUUGCCAAAAGUUC